AAGAGUAACAAAAUGAAUAAAAUAGAAAUGCUAGUUAAUAAUGAUACAUAUGUUAAAGGCAUGUGUAUUAAUAUUCUGUCUACAGAGACAAAGACUGACACCUUAUAGACUCAUCGAUACAUUAUAACAUGAGACACUGUAAACAUCCUCGAUCAGGAUUAUCGGUGUUACAAAGUGACAGCAGCCUGGAGUCACUUCACUUCCGUCCAGCAGGGGGCAGCAGCUUCUGCUCCUCCUCCUCUUCUUCUUCUUCUCCUCCUAUUCUUCUUCUCCUCUUCCUGUAGCUGCAGCUGUUUCUUCAUCUUCGGUUCAUCUUAAUUCAUACAAAACACGUUGAGGUUUGAGAUGUCAGCAGAUCUGCGGACGCAGCUGGAGAAACAUCUGGAGGCGCUGGACAUCCAGACGACCUGUGUGGACCAUCCGCCGGUGUUCACGGUGGAGGAGAUGAUGCCUCACCUGCAGGACGUGGGCGGAGCCGUCACAAAGAACCUCUUCCUGAAGGACAAGAAGAAGAAAGGCCUGUGGCUGGUGUCGGCCCGCCACGACCGCCAGGUGAACCUCAACGACCUCGCCAAGAAGCUCGGUGUUGGCAGCGGCAACCUGCGCUUUGCAGACGAGGCGGCCAUGUUGGAGAAGCUAAAGGUGGGUCAGGGCUGUGCGACGGCUCUCGCUCUGCUCUUCGAUGAGGACCAGAGUGUGAAGUUCGUUCUGGACCGGGACCUGGUGGAGGGAGGCCACCAGAUGGUCUAUUUCCACCCCAUGACCAAUGCCGCCACCAUGGGGCUCCGACCAGACGACCUGCUGCGCUUCCUCAGGGAGACGGGACACGAACCCAUCCUGGAGAACUUCGAGUAGGACGAAAACCUGGACCAGGGUGGCUUGCGGAGAUCACACCAGGAUAUGAACUGGACUGGAAGAGGACCCGCAGAGGCUGCAACCAAAAACAAGAUGAACUCUAAAAACUGAAUGCAGAAAGUCUUUGAUAAGAACAUGAAGACCCAAAACACUCUGACAUAUAAUGAUAGAAAGUUCUGAUUUUAAACUGAACCGGACCAUUUUCACUUCCUCCUCAUGUCAUGGCCCAUCCGCUCUACUCUGACUGGUGGUAAAUGUAAAUUCUGAUUCUGUCACAUUUAUUGUGUAAAAUAAAAAUACUGUCUGGAAAUGUGAGUUCAGACAGUCAGAGGGCUGUGAUGACGCGCUCAGCCUCAUUACACAGUAAACAUAAAGAAACGGUGAUGAUGUCAUCACAGCUGUAAUCUGAU